ACUCCUGCUUGCACGACGAUCCGUUUGGUGGCUUUGUGAGUUGUAAGCCGUCGGCGAACGGGGGAAUUCGCGCCUUUGGCCUCUUUAACGUUAGUCGACGUCGUGCGACAUCGUGCUACAAUUACAAUUAUAGCGAGCCGCGAGGUCAAUGCCAGCGACGACGACGAGAGUGACGGAACAGGCAAUGAUGAUCAUGGAUGAUAGCACGGCGGCCACAAUCUCAUAGUCGCAGGACCACGAUAACGAUGGCAUCGCCUGACAAACCGUUGGAUGGGAUCGAAUCACGUUUCGCACGUGCCGUUGACGAGACCGAAUGGAUCCCGCUGUCUCUAACAUUGGUGGAGUAUCCGCAAGGGGAUAUCUUUGGGCAGCUUUUGGCUGUAAUAAGUUUAAUGCCCUUUGUCAUUAUAACUGGUUUUAUCACAUUGAUACUUUUUAGGAGGGAUUUACAUACUAUCGUAUUUUUUAUCGGAGUCGUUAUCAAUGAAUGUAUAAAUUAUAUAUUAAAACACAUGAUUCGUCAAGCAAGGCCGAUGAAGAGAGAUGGCCUGUACGCCGAAUACGGCAUGCCGUCUACACAUGCACAAUUUAUGUGGUUUUUCGCUGCAUACGCAACACUUUUUAUAUACUUUAGAUUAAAUUACAACUGUACGAUAACUGAGAGAUUUUGGCGGACAAUAGUAGCGAUAGGAUGCAUUGUCACAGCUUUAUUGGUAACUUACAGCAGAGUGUAUCUGCUGUACCACUCAAACACCCAAGUAGUUUGGGGUGCAUUAAUUGGGAUUACCCUGGGAUCAGCGUGGUUCCUAAUCAUGCACAUGAUCCUAACACCAUUUUUUCCUAUAGUAGUCUCGUGGUGAG